UUGGGCCGCAAGCCCAGCCCAGAAUACAAAUAGAUAGUAGGGUUAGGGUUUCUCAAACUCAUUUUUCUUGUUGGCGGUUAUCUUCAUCACUCUGUUGAUUUUGCUUUGUUAGUGCGACUAUGGCUGAAGUUAUUUCAGAACCUGCCGUUGUUGUUUCUGAUCCCUCUCAGAUUGAAGUCAAACUCUUUAAUCGAUGGAGCUUCGACGAUGUUCAGCUUUCCGAUGUGUCUCUGAUUGAUUACAUUGGAGUUGUGCCAUCGAAACAUGCUACUUAUGUUCCACACACUGCUGGUAGAUACUCUGUCAAGCGUUUCAGGAAGGCUCAGUGUCCAAUUGUUGAGAGGCUUACAAAUUCACUCAUGAUGCACGGUAGGAACAAUGGAAAGAAGCUUAAGGCUGUCACAAUCAUUAGGCAUGCUAUGGAAAUUAUUCAUUUGCUUACUGACCUGAACCCCAUUCAAGUUAUUGUUGAUGCUGUCAUUAACAGGUAUGCUUUGUAUUUUCUGCCAGAAAAAGAUUUCCAUGUUAUGAUUUAUGAGUUUUUAAUUGCAGCAGAAAUUGUGUUUGAUAUUGUGAUAACUGUCUUUGAUUUUCAAUUAUUGGAAUGAAGUUUUUUAUUUGUUUGGUUUUAAUAUGGAGAAUGGAGUGAUGAUUAUUUGUUUCCCUAUUGGUUUGACUGCCGCAAUGAUGGCAUAUUGUAUUAGCUCUAUCUGACCAU